AUGGCAACCCGGGAUGAGUUGCUGCGGAGGAGGGACGCGCGUCUAAUGGCCUUCGUGCGGCAGCAGCUGAUGCUGCCGGAGACUGAAGCUGAAGCAGAAACUGUUUGCGCUGCUAAUGCUGAGAAGGGCUUGUGCCAGCAGAAGAAGUCAGUUUUAGGGCCUCCCAACGUGGUGUUACUAACAAAAAAGCAGCGCGAGUCUCUCUUCCAGAGCAACAACAAGGGCGACACCAGCAGAAGACUGAUGCAGGACCCAGAGGAACAGCGGCAAGAGCAGGGAGCAUGUUGUGAAGGAAGGACAUCCCGAGGAUGUGGUGAGGUAGCUACGCUUUCUUUAAUGCUACUUCACGAAGAGGUGCAACAGCGACAGAAGAAAAAAUAG